GAUGUAGUGACUCAUAUCUUGGGAAGAUUAGUCACCUUUAGAGCUAGGUGUCACAUGUUGGGAAUGAUAGAGUUGGUAAGAGAGAAAGGAAGUAAUGAUAUUACACAAAGCUUAUUUUCUCUGUUAAGAGGUAACCGGUUUUGGAAAUAUAUAUGUAUGUACUAUGUAUAUCUAUAUACAUAUAUAAUUAUGUCAAAACUCUCUAUCUCUCUCUUCCAUCAUUUACUAUUUUCCAUUUUCUUUUCAUCAAACCUCAUGUCUUGAUAUUUAAAAAACUUGGAAGCAAUCCAAGAGCGAAUAAUUCAAGUGAUUGCUAAUAUCCAACAAAGGUAGAAGUAAAGAUGAAAUUUGGGAAAGAGUAUAAGAAACAAAAGGUGGCUGAGUGGACUGAAGCCUAUAUGGAUUACAAUGGCCUCAAACAUAUAUUGAGAAAUAUGAGAGCAUACAAGCAGAACAAGCACCCUGCAAUGAACAGAACUCUCAGCGGGUUUUACCGCCAAUCUAGUAGCCGCUACAACGAGGAAGAUCUUGAGAAUCAAGCAAUAGAAAUUAAGACGUUGCAGAGAGAUGGUUCCUUGCAGUUGUUUGAGACAGUUUUUAUUGGACAGCCUGAAGAAGGAACUGAGUUUGAGGUAACAUUCUUCAGAAAACUUGAUGAAGAGUUUUAUAAGGCAAAUAACUUUUACAAGGACAAAGUGAAAGGAAUGAUGGAUGAAGCAAAUCAAUUGAAUAAACAAAUGGAAUCUCUAAUUGCUUUGAGGAUUAGAGUUGAUAAACGUAGUGUCAAGGGGUCUAAUUCAAACAGACAUAAUCAACAAGAACAAAGUCAAAGCAGUGGCAGUAGAGAGAAAGUCAAAGUUGGAGAAGUUCUUGAGCAUGUGAAGAUUAACAAUGACCCUCAAUCACCAAUUUCUACUACAAUUAAAGGUACGUUGAAAGGCUCUAAAGUUGAAGACUUGAGUUAUAGCAAAGGGAGUUUGAGAAGAGCUGAACAACAAUUGAGAGUUGCAUUUAUUGAGUUUUACCAUAAGCUUUAUCUUCUGAAACAAUACAGUUAUAUGAAUCUUUUAGCAUUUUCCAAGAUCAUGAAAAAGUAUGAAAAGAUCUCAUCAAGAAAAGCAUCUAAAUUGUACAUGGAAGUUGUGGAUAACUCUGUCCUUGGAAAUUCAGAUGAGCUCAUUGAUCUCUUGGAGAGGGUAGAGACAACCUUCAUCAAGAAUUUUUCAAAAUCCAAUCGCAGUGAAGGUAUGAAAUCGUUGAGGCCAAAACAAAGAAGAGAAAACCACACAGUAACAUUUUUCUCAGGUUUUUUUUCGGGUUGCACGGUUGCGCUACUUGUAGCCAUUGCUUUGAAAAUUGAACUUCAUAAUCUGCCAACUAAAGAAGAGGGAGUGCAGUACUUACAGAGCAUUUUUCCACUUUACAGUGUAUUUCUAUAUGCCGUUCUGCACCUUCUCAUGUAUGCUACAAACAUUUACUUUUGGAGAAGAUAUAAGAUCAACUAUCCAUUUAUAUUUGGUUUCAAGAGAGGAACAGAGUUGGAAUACAGAGAUGUUUACUUACUAAGUACAGGACUUGCUGUACUAGCUUCAUCUGCUUUCUUGGCAAACUUGCACCUGGACAUGGACCCAAAUACUCAAAAACUUAAGGAAGUAACUCAACUAGUUCCUCUAGCUUUAGUCGCUCUUGUUCUUCUCCUCAUUUUUUGUCCUUUAAACAUCUUAUACCGAGCAAGUCGUUUCUUCUUCAUUCGAUGCCUUUUUCGCUGCAUACUCGCUCCUCUAUACCCGGUGACAUUUUCAGAUUUCUUUUUGGCAGAUCAGCUAACUAGCCAGAUGCAGGCUUUAAGGAGCUGUGUUUUGUAUAUUUGCUAUUAUGGUUUGGGAGAGUACUCAAGGAGGCAAGAAAAGUGCCAUACCCAUGGGCUUUACAAUACACUCUACUUUGUUAUUGCUGUUAUUCCAUAUUGGCUUCGUUUCAUGCAGUGCUUUCGUCGAUUAAUUGAGGGUAGAGAUAAAAUGAAUGGAUACAAUGCAUUGACGUACCUCUCAACAAUUAUUGCGGUGGUGUUUAGAACUAUCUAUGAACUGAGAAAGGAGUCAAUGACUUGGAUGGUCUUUGCAUUGAUUAGCUCAGCCGUAGCCACUUUGGUCAAUAUUUAUUGGGACAUCGUUUUUGAUUGGGGCCUCUUGAGAAGGCACUCUAAGAAUAUCUACUUAAGAGACAAACUUAUAGUCUCACACAAAAUUGUCUACGUUCUUGCUAUGGUGUUGGAUAUAUUAUUGAGAGUGGCUUGGAUGCAAUUGGUGUUAGCAUUUAAUCUACACUCAACUCAUAGAAUGGGAAUCACAACCACUGUAUUCUCCUUGGAAAUUAUUCGUCGUGGCAUUUGGAACUUCUUCAGAUUGGAAAACGAGCACCUGAACAAUGUUGGGAAGUACCGCGCUUUCAGAUCGUUGCCGCUUCCUUUCGCUUACUCCGAUGAUCAGAAAGAACAGAAAGAUGAAUGAACUUUUACACACAGAGAAGAAACUUUUACCGGGAACACGUUUAGCAAAUCUUAAUAGAAUGGUGAGAUUAACUGGAAGAGAAGAGAGGUGAGUGAAAGUUUAAUAAGUAUAAUGAGAGUUUAGAGAGAAUAAGAUGUAGAAUCGAGGGUUCAAUAAGAUCUAUGGGUAAUUCCACCUCAAACAAUAACAUUGAGAGGGGAUGAGUACGCUACCAUGGUCGUAUAACUCUGAUUGUUAUUAAU